AUGUCGACCGUGAAAGUUAAGGUUGCUGUGAGGGUUCGCCCCAUGAACAGGCGAGAAAUCGACCUUGGCACCAAAUAUAUUGUUGACAUGGAAGGGAAUCAGACUAUACUGUACCAUCAUCAGAACAGCCCGCAUGAUGGUGGAGGAGAACGAGGAAAUGGGGCAGGUGGCAGAAAGGCUCCAAAGACAUUUGCAUUUGAUCAUUGUUUUUGGUCUAUUGAUGAAAGCAAUCCAAAAUUUGCGGGUCAAGAAAAAGUUUUUAACUGCCUUGGUCAGGAUGUGCUGGAACAAGCAUUUGAUGGGUACAAUGGCUGUAUAUUUGCCUACGGACAAACAGGUUCGGGAAAGUCCUACUCCAUGAUGGGUACUUAUAAGGAGGAUGGUAAGGGAAUCAUUCCUCGUCUAUGUGAUGCUCUGUUUGAGAGAAUUGCUCAGAAUGACUCACCAGACCUUGGCUUCAAAGUUGAAGUAUCUUAUAUGGAAAUCUACAAUGAGAAAGUUCAUGACCUGCUUGAUCCCAAAGGAAGUAAACAAAACCUAAAGGUACGGGAACACAAUAUCCUCGGUCCGUAUGUCGACGGUCUGUCAAUGCUGGCUGUAGCCUCAUUUGAAGAUAUAGACAAUCUUAUGAGUGAAGGCAACAAAUCCAGGACAGUGGCAGCCACCAACAUGAACAACGAAAGUAGUCGUUCCCAUGCCGUGUUUAACAUCAUCCUGACUCAGACCCGCUGUGAUAAACAAUCAGGGUUGACUGGUGAGAAGGUUAGUAAACUUAGUCUGGUGGACUUGGCAGGAAGUGAGCGUGUCCAAAAGACUGGAGCUAUGGGAGACAGAUUACGGGAGGGAAGCAACAUUAACAAGUCACUGACUACACUUGGGCUGGUCAUCUCAGCACUUGCUGACCAGAACAAGGCAAAAAGCAAGUUUGUUCCAUACCGGGACUCGGUAUUAACAUGGUUACUCAAGGACAAUUUAGGUGGAAACAGCAAAACUGUAAUGAUAGCUACUAUCAGUCCCUCAGCUGACAAUUACGAGGAGACGUUAUCAACACUUAGAUAUGCCGACCGUGCCAAGCGAAUUAUUAACCAUGCUGUUGUCAAUGAAGAUCCCAAUGCACGAAUAAUUCGAGAACUCCGCGAGGAGGUUGAGCAACUGAAACAAAGGCUGAGUGUAGCACAGACAGCUUCUGUGUCUACUGAACAAGGGGAACAGGCGGCCAUCAAGAAUGAUCCAGAUCUCCAAGAUCGCCUGGAAGAGACAGAAAAACUAUUCAAGCAGAAGACAAAAACAUGGGAAGAAAAACUGGCGGAAACAGAGAGAAUCCAUCAGGAGCGUCAUGAGGCCCUUGAGAAGAUGGGGGUAUCCGUGCAGACUUCGGGGAUCAAGGUGGAGACAGGCACCCAUUAUUUAGUUAACCUCAAUGCUGACCCCUCAAUGAACGAGCUGCUGGUAUACUAUCUCAAGGAACACACACUAGUGGGCAGCACUGAUGCAACAACCCAACAGGAUAUACAAUUAAGUGGACUUGGAAUACAGCCGGAACAUUGCCUUGUCACAAUCGAGGUCAAUGAUGUUUUCCUUUCACCACUUGAAGGGGCCAGAACCUGUGUGAAUGGGUCCAAGAUUGUUCAGAAAACUCGAGUUCGUCAUGGUGACCGUAUCUUAUGGGGGAACAACCAUUUCUUCCGUCUCAACUGUCCCAAACUUAACAGUCCCCAGUCUAAUGAACCAGAACAACCCAUAGAUUACAACUUUGCUCAGCAGGAGUUGAUGAGUAAAGAGUUCUCCAACGACCCGAUACAAGAGGCAAUCAUUGCUAUAGAACAACAGUAUGAAGAGGAUAAACAAGAGGCCCUAGAGAAGCAGAAACAGAGCUAUGAGCGACAGAUGCAAAUUCUAAAAAGUCGGCUGAUGUCCCCAGGGACUCCAUCCAUGCCCUUUCUUCCCAUGAGCCCAAAUAUGCUGACCCCUACGGGGUCCAUAUCUGCCCAGAGCAGUAUUCAGAGGAAGUACCAGGAGUGGGCACAGCAAAGGGACAAAUCAAUCAAGCAGAGUCUGGCUAUUCUCAGAGAUGAAGUCGUCAAGGCAAACUCCCUAGUGAGGGAAGCUAAUGUCCUGGCACAGGAAAUGGGCAAACUUACAGAAUUUCAAGUUACUCUACAAAUACCAGCAGCCAACCUCAGUCCUAACCGACGGAGAGGGGCUUUUGUGAGUGAACCAGCCAUCCUUGUCAAACGAAAGGGACGGGGAAACCAGAUCUGGUCCAUGGAAAAGUUUGAAAAUAAGAUAAUAGAUAUGCGUGACAUGUACGAGGAGAGGAAAGCCACAGGACUUCCAAUGAUGGUAGAGGACGAGCACGAUUCUGAACCCUGGGAUGAUGGACCACCUGUAAAAGGCGAUCCCUUUUAUGAGUCGCAGGAGAACCACAACCUCAUUGGUGUAGCCAAUGUCUUCCUUGAAUGUCUCUUCCAUGAUGUGAAGCUCGACUAUCAAGUGCCAAUCAUCAGUCAGCAAGGGGAGAUUGCUGGAAAACUACAUGUAGAGAUCUCCAAAUUAGGAGGAUCAUUCCUGGAUAGAUAUGCUGAUACAAACGAUGAUGGAGAGGAAACCGCAGAGCCUGACCCAGUAGGGAUAGGAUCGCCAAUGAUAGUUAGGAUCUGUAUAUCUGGAGCCAAGGGGCUGCCUCCUGCCCUAUCCAACUUUGUGUUCUGUCAGUACACUUUUUGGGGCAAUGAAGACACAGUCGUGGUUCCUCCUGAGAUACAUCCUGAUUCUUUGGCACACAAGAAAUCCGACAGCAUAUCAUUCAAAUUUCAGCACAGCAAGGAUUUUAAGGUUUAUAUUACGGAGGAGUUUAUUGAGCACUGUUCUGAAGGAGCACUGUCAAUAGAAGUUUGGGGGCAUCGAAGUCCAGGGUUUGGUCUGGUAAACAACGGAAUGGACAACAUUAUAGCUCGAUCAAGGACUUUAGCAGACAGAUGGAGUGAGGUGAUGAGACAGAUAGAAUUAUGGACAGAAGUUCACGAACUUAACCACCAGGGGGAGUAUGUUCCUGUUGAAGUACAACCCAAACCAGAGGUACCAUCUGCUGGGGUGUUUCAGUUACAGCAGGGUCAUACUCGGCGAGUAUUUGUACGGAUAAAACCAGUAGCAAACUCUGGGACGCUGCCACUUAUCUGUGACUCUGUAUCAUCUAUACAAGUUGGUUGUAUCUACAUACGCAACAAAAUUCAGAAAGGUCUGGACAGUUACCAGGAGGUUGACCUCGCACACCUGCGGGACAGGUGGUCAGAUGCGCUGGCUAGAAGGAAAGAUUACUUGAAUGAACAACUCCAGAAACUCAUAAAUAAGCAAGAUAAGUCCGACUCUGAUGUGGAUCGAGAGAGAGCAUUGAUGGACCAGUGGAUGUCCCUGACAGACGAGAGAAAUGCUGUCAUGGUACCAAGUCCCGGAAGUGGUAUUCCUGGGGCACCAGCAGAAUGUUCCGGUGAGGCUCCAGAGGAUCUAGAGGAACACCGACCAGUACUGUUUCUAGAUCUAAACGCGGAUGAUAUGAGUACAUCAGGAGUCAAAGAAGGAUUCCAGGCUGCGGGUGUUAAUUCCAUUUUAGUGAAAGAACAUGCUUCCACUUUUGUCAACCUUCCUAUCAUCAAAACAUUCACCGAAAAAGAUAAUAAUAAUAGACUUCAGGUAUGUGCUGUUGCAUCCUGGGACUCUUCAAUUCAUGAUUCCCCAUACCUGAACCGUGUGACACAAUCUAACGAGCGUGUGUACCUUAUCUUAAAGACAGUGGUGCGAUUGAGUCACCCCGCGUAUAUGGAACUUGUGUUACGUAAACGUAUGUGUAUCAACAUCUACAACAACUUCAGUAUAUCUAGUCUUACAGAUCGACUCAAAAAACGCAUCACAGGUGCAGAGAAAUCCUUCGCUAGUGGAGUCACCUAUGACGUUGUGUCCAACAUACCUAAGGCAUCAGAGGACUUGGAGAAUAUGGAGAGUUUAGCACAAAUGGCUGCCUCUCAGAAUGAGAUCAGUGCCACAGACGGGGAAACCUACAUAGAGAAGUAUAUCAAGGGAAUUUCCAGUGUAGAGAGUAUUCUGACACUGGACAGGCUUAGACAGAAUGUAGCGGUAAAGGAGCUGACGGCAUCUACAGGUUUAGGACUACGUAAGACGACCAGUGUUCCCAACAUACACGCUGGAGCUCUCUCACCUAUGAAAUUAGAAGGACAGCUUCGAGCAGACAGCAUACAGGACCUCUCACUGGACUCUUUAUCAUCAGGACAACUUGGCUCGCACCCUGCUACUCCUAAGUCCCUAUUGAGCCCUCUCGGAACAAAAGUUGCAACAGUGAAACCCAUGAUGACUCUUAUAGAGGAACAGUACCAGAGAGAGACGAAGCCACUUCUUAGACAGGACACGGAGGAGGACCUCGAUGAGGAAGAACCAGAUCACAAGCAUCACAUCAGACAAGUGGAGCCUGAUCCACAUAGUAUUGGAUCUGAUGAGUUCCAGGACUUCGAGUCGUAUGAGACCCAACAAGGUUUACUUCAGGAGGAUAAAAAGGUUGUGAAUUCUAAUGAGGAUGGACACAUUGUCCACUCCUCUACAACAGACAGUCUUGUAGACAUCCAGGGUAAGAACUGUACACCAAGCCUGGUGUCCAGUGGGUAUGGCUCUCAGGCUGUAUCCAUGCUUACUCUUUCCUCUGAGGAUUCUCUUAGUCUACGGAGCAAUGAGGAUAACACAGAAUCAAACAAAGAAUCUAGAGGGGUUCCAAAAGGCAAUGCAGAGCAUGCUAAUAGUAGUGGUGACAGCGAUUUAGAGGAAGGACCAUCAGACUCGACACAAGAUAAAGUCUCAGAGACUGUUUAUCAGUCAGAAGAGGAUGUGAAGGAACAGAGCACUGUGAUCAAGGAGACACAUUCCAGUAUGGACGAGAGUCUAAGUGGUAAAGAUAUGAGUGACUCUGAUAUAAGUGUAGCAUCUGUGAGGCGCCCCAAGCUUCCAGACUUUGAUACAACAGGCACAUCACUGGAUGAAAGCAAGGGAGAUACAUAUUCACAUGAUAAGAGCAAGGGAGGUAACACUAAAGAAUGGGUGGAUCCUUAUAGUGAGACUGCAAUGGAGGAACUAGAAAAACUUGGGUUUGAUGAGGCAGAGGAGAGCAAUGACUUCACGGAUCUCCCAACAGAGGAGUCAAAGAAGGAUACGGUGGAACUGUUUAUUCGAGAAGAAGGUGACUCUGAACAAGACAGAAAUAGGGUCUUGGCCAGUACUCCUAUACGAAGGCGUGAUUUAAACCCAUCUAAACGUGCCCGACCCUCAUCUUGUAUCGUGUCACCAUCUUCACAUGCAGAUUCUACUGCGAGUAUGAUAGAGGAGAGCAUGAAGAGAAACAGCCUUGUUCUGGAUACUACUGACGAUUUGGAAACAUCAGCUGGAGAAGAUGCUUUAAGCGUGUGUUCAUUUGGAAGUCGAGCUGACCUUGACAGGUUACAGGAAGUUCCUGUCCCAUCGUGGAUACAGAUUGGUGAAAGUGUCAUUGUCAAUUCAUCUAAAGGCCCAUCAAAAACCGGAUUUGUGCAAUUUGUAGGGAAUGUGGAGUUUGCUGGAGGUCCUUGGGUCGGCGUGGAACUGGACCUCCCUGAGGGAAAAAAUGAUGGUUCUGUACAUGGCAUUCGCUAUUUCAAGUGUCGGCCACGUCAUGGUGUUUUUGUUCGUCAUGAUAAGGUUGUCUUGGACAAAAAAAGGCGAGGAUCACGUAAGAUGGCAAAGCGGCAUUCCAUGGGAGCUAAACUAAGUGGCUCAAACUCAAAUAUAUCUUUCUCUCCAGGAGUGACCUCCCCUGGUGGGAGUUCCCCUUCCUAUCUCAAAGGAACCUCAUCCAGUCAUGCUAAGAAAAAAUAAUCACCUUUGAAAACCUAUUUUUCAGUGAACAUCAUUUUUUUUUAAAGUGAUUUUCUGAAG